AUGGGCCACGGCUACCAACCUCGCCGCCUCUGCCACCACAACAUCCACCAGAGAACCACCACUACCACCGCCACCGCCGCCACCUUCUUGCCAACCCUCUGUCGAGUUUCCAUCAACGACGUGAAGCUAACACAACACAAAAGCAGCCCCGCCGCCGCCGCCGCCUCCACCGCCACCGCCACCGCUGCUUCCUUCUCCGACGACCCUUCCUCCCCCAGAGUCAGCUGCAUAGGCCAAGUCAAGAGAAACAACAAAGUCCUCGGCUUCCCCACUCCCCAUCACAACGUCGUCGUCCCCGACCACUCCUACUCCUUCAAGAACCCAAAUCUCAAGAGGCUGUUUGCCGGCAAGAGCCUAACCCCGACCACCGUCACCGCCGCCGGAUGCCGCCGCGCGAGCAGGAAUUGCACCAGAAGAUCAUCAAGAAAAGUUAACAACAAAGACAGUAAUAGUAGCGGCGGGGGAGUGGAUAUCAAUGAGCUUGAUCCGCCUUUGCCGGUGGUUAAAAAGGUGCAGCAACCGUGUGGCGGCGGCGGCGAAGCCAGUCUGUGGAAGAGAAGAUCCGGCGGGGGAGGUUUGAAAAGUUUGCAGAUUCAGUUGGACAAAAGUAAUCAACUCAUCAUCCCCCCAAGCACUGUAUAA